AUGGCGUCCUCAGCUCUGGGAAAGAGAUCCCGCCGCGCGGUAAUCUAUGACUCAGACGAGUCUCCUUCCAAACGGCCUCGCCGGUCGUGCGCCGCCACUGUCGACUACAACGACGAGAACGAGGAUCCCGAGGACAUUGUCAGCGUUGCUACCACCAAUCCCAUUAUUAUCAAGACCGAAGUCGACGACUCGCCUAGCAAGAGAAAUCGAUCUCUUUCUCAGUCUUCAGCUCGGAACCCCGUCACACCGUCGACGCCACGCCAUCACGAUGCCUUGGCCGCGUAUCCCACGACGCCUCGACACGCCGUCAUGUCGGCCGGCAAGCUCUUCAAGAGACUGACGCCGCACUCUCCCCUGUCUCCCAGCACCAUCCAAACCGUUUACCACUCGGCUCGCCAAUUAUUCGCCCGCGGGGCGGAGCCCGGUCAGCUCGUCGGCCGUGACGAAGAGCGUCAGCAGCUCACGGCUUUCCUGGAGCGGUGCACAUCAGACUCGCCAAAUGGGUGCCUCUACGUCAGCGGCCCGCCUGGUACCGGCAAGAGCGCCAUGAUUACCGGGCUCAUUCAAAAGUACGCAAAUAGGGACGAUGUCAAGUCGGCAUACAUCAACUGCAUGAGCGUCAAGUCCUCCAAGGAUCUCUACAUGACGCUACUCGACGGCAUGGGGCUUGAGGCCGAGGGCGUAACCGAGGCUGAUGCCAUGGACGCUCUGCAAGACGCUUUCUACCCCAGAGACGACAACGCCACGACCUAUCUGAUCACUCUCGAUGAGAUUGAUCAUAUUCUCACUAUGGGCCUGGAGAGCUUGUAUCGUGUAUUUGAAUGGGCCCUCCACAAGUCGUCAAAGCUUCUCCUUGUCGGCAUUGCCAACGCGCUAGAUCUCACGGACCGAUUUCUCCCUCGUCUCAAGUCCAAGAACCUUAAACCUGAGCUUCUUCCGUUUCUUCCCUAUACCGCUACGCAAGUGAAGAAUAUCAUCACAACUCGUCUGAAGUCUUUGAUGCCCCAGGGUAAAGAAAACUUCGUUCCAUUUAUUCACCCUGCUGCCAUUGAACUGUGCUCCCGCAAAGUGUCGAGUCAGACGGGGGAUCUUCGCAAGGCGUUUGAGAUUUGCAGAAGGGCUUUGGAUCUGAUUGAGAACGAAACACGGUCGAAGCACGAGGAAGAGGCAAGGGAAGCUAUGCUUCAGAUGACACCAUCGAAGCGACCUCUUGGCGAGAAUAUCAACGGGGCCAUGGGAGGACGAAGCAUUGUACAAAUUAUGGGCAAUUCACUCAAGGCAUUGACGGCCGAGACGGCCCCUCGCGCUUCCAUAGCCCAUCUGAACAAGGUGACGGCAGCAGCGUUCAGCAACGGCACCACACAGAGGCUCAAGACUCUCAACCUUCAGCAAAAGGCAGCCCUGUGCGCUCUGGUUGCGUACGAGAAUCACUUGCGAUCAAAGGUUAAGGUCGGCAUGCCCACUACACCAAGCAAGACCCAGUUACUGGCACCAACUGUGAAGAAGCUCUUUGGCGCGUACUGCCGCCUGUGCACGCGCGACUCUGUGCUCCACCCUCUCUCGAGCUCCGAGUUCCGCGAGGUCAUGGGUAGCUUGGAGACGCUGGGCCUUGUCAACGCGGUCGAUGGCAAGAAUGGAAGCUUCAUUACGCCGCAGACGCCUAGCAAGCGUGGCCGCAAAGCCGCCGUGUUGGCGAGCGGAGACGACAAGCGAGUUGCGAGCUGUGUGACCGAGAAGGACAUGGAGUCGGUUGUUGCCGGCCUCGGCUCAGGCAUUCUAGCCAGCAUUUUGCAUGGAGAGGCGUUGGAUUAA